AUGGCUGUCGCAUCUAUCCAAGACCGAACCUCCGAGUUCAAGUCGGUGCUCGCCCAGGCGCAGCGCAAGCAGGCCACCUCCAAAGUCAGCUCUCAGCGCCGGUCUCUGCUGACCGACGCGCAAAAGAAUGCCGCCAACGGCAAUGCUGACGGCCGACCGAGGCGAUCUGACUUUGCCAGAAAGGCAGCCGAGAUUGGCCGUGGCAUUUCGGCGACUAUGGGCAAGCUGGAAAAGCUAGCACAAUUGGCGAAGCGACGUACCCUCUUCGACGACCGGCCAGUCGAGAUCAACGAACUCACCUUCGUUAUCAAGCAGGAUCUGUCGUCUCUCAACCAGCAGAUCGGUGCCCUACAGACACUCUCCAAGAGCCAGCACCCGACGGCCGACCAGGAGGGCGAACACAACAAGAACGUUGUAUAUCUGCUGCAAGGCAAAUUGACUGAUGUCUCGGUCAACUUCAAGGAUGUUCUGGAGGAGAGAACCAAGAAUAUCCAGGCUUCGCGAUCAAGAACGGAAAACUUCAUCUCGUCAGUGUCGCAGCAUGCACAACCAUCUAUCCAACAGUCCGCCUCUCCGCUCUACGGAACACCCGCCCGUAACUCGCCAGCCCCAGGCCAAGACACGCUCUCCCUCAACCCCGUGGGCGACCAGCAAUUGUUGAUGAUGGAGGAGGCCCAACCGACCAACACAUACAUCCAACAACGAGGAGAGGCAAUCGAAGCGAUCGAGAAGACGAUUAGCGAAUUGGGCAGCAUCUUUGGACAACUAGCGACCAUGGUGUCGGAGCAGAGCGAGAUGAUCCAGCGCAUCGAUGCCAACACGGAGGAUGUGGUGGACAACGUUGAGGGAGCGCAACGAGAGCUACUCAAGUAUUGGUCUCGAGUAUCAAGCAACAGAUGGCUGAUCGCCAAGAUGUUUGGAGUGCUGAUGGUAUUCUUUUUGUAA